AUGGCCCUGUGUGACGACAAGUUAAUGGAGAGCCAGCCAGGGACGUCAGUGUGGAGUGGAAAAACCGUUUUGGCCAACUUCCUGACUGAAUCUUCUGACAUCACCGAAUACAAUCCGACCCAGGGAGUAAGGAUCCUGGAAUUUGAGAACCCACACGUCACCAGCAACGACAAAGGCACGGCGUGUGAAUUUGAGCUGUGGGAUUGUGGCGGUGACCCCAAGUUCGAGUCUUGCUGGCCAGCCCUGAUGAAGGAUUCCCACGGGGUGGUGAUCGUCUUCAAUGCCGACACCCCAAGCCACCUGAAGGAAAUCGACAUGUGGUAUUCCUGCUUCGUCCAGCAGCAGCUCCUACAGGACACUCAGUGUCUGUUGAUCGCACACCACAAACCAGGCUCCGGAAGUGAUAAAGGAAACCUGUCUUUGUCACCCCCCUUGAACAAGCUGAAGCUGGUACACUCGAACCUGGAGGAUGACCCUGAAGAGAUCAGGGUGGAGUUCAUAAAGUAUUUAAAGAGCAUAGUCAAUUCAGUGUCUGAAAGCAGAGACCGGGAGGAGAUGUCGAUUAUCACGUGACCAGCCUUCAUCCGGACUCUUCCGCGUUGCAGAUGGGGUCAGCUCAUUUCCCAGUGCACAUCUAGAAUCUCGUCCAGCUAAUUGAUGUGUCCUCCCCGUGGCCGUAGAAGAGCUUUUCCUUGUCUGCUCUAAGGUACCAGUCUACCAGGGAGUUGACUCCUACCGUUCGUUCUCUAUCCUUCGUUCAGUUGAGAAAAUCCUAUUGUC